UCGCACAACAAAAACAUGCCCGAAACAUCGCAUCCUUGGAAGUGCGUAAAAAGUACUGUGGCGGAAGUUUUUGUCCCGAUCGGAUGCUCUAAAAAUCGCGAAUUAAAAGGCGAAAUCGAACCGCGGGCCACUCGUUCCAUGGACACGGACGUCAUCCAGAAGCAAGCGCUUGCCGUCGACCCACCGGAUGAGUACUUCGACCCGGAUCUGCAGCCGGAAACGGGAGAGCAAUACCUUCAGAAGGUCAUCUACGAGCGGAAGCAUUGUCCUGCCGUCGUUGUGGCCAAACCGAGCCCCAAACGGCGCCACCAGCAGCAUCAGCAACAGGGACAACCAGGGCCCAGAAGUUUAACCGGAAGUGGGGCCAUUCCAAUGGAUCUGGUAAAAAACGUCGCCCCACGGGCUCUGAUGCCCACCAAGGAGUGGGAAUCGAUACAGAACAGAAAAUUCACCGAGCUCAGGGAUACGAUCACCGGUUAUCGGAACGGACCGCACUACCAGGAGAACCUCCAGAAGACGCACAUCUAUCUAAACUUCGAAAACCGGAAGCAGCUUCAUGAUUACUGUGCCAAAAACCAGCCUUUCGUGCGGAUCCUACUCAGCAUGCCGCAGCGCAAUCUGGAGAUCCUGCUGGAGUACCUGCACGAGUGGCUCCUGGAGGAGCGCAACGAGGAAGUCUCGGUGGAGGAUCGGAUCCACCGGAAGGACUGGAUCACCCAGUGGAUCUACGCCAUACUGGCCUGCAUUAUCACCCCGCUGGAGCCGUACGUGCACAGCGUGCUGCGGGACAUUGCCAAGGUGUGCAUCGCCAUGCGGAACGAUCUGGCCGCCGAGGACGAACUGAAGGUACUGCCGCUGAAUCUGCUUAUUUGUAUUAUUUCGAAAAACUUUAAUCAGCUCGACCUGGGCGAUAACGUUGAGUGAUACGGGAGGAGGGGACCCGGGGCUGGACGGGGCGCGAAGUUUCCUGUUCUCUUUUUAUAUUGACAUUUUUUAUUGGAAAUUUUUUGAACUAGGUUUAGUAAACGUAACGUGAAACUCGAA